GGUGUGUUGGUCUUUUUAAAUAUGUCAAACGUCAGAUAUUUUGACAUAACAUUUGGAAAAGAUCCGAUAUACCUUUUCCAUAAAAAUUAACGAAGUCCUAAGAAUCCGAGCAAUUGAUAUGACUGAUUACUAUAAAGUAUUAAAAGUGCCAAGAAAUGCUUCGACUGAAGAAAUAAAAAAGGCAUAUAGACAGCUAGCUUUAAAAUGGCAUCCAGAUAAGAAUCCCAACAAUAAGGAAGAGGCUACCAAAAGAUUUAGAGAAAUUUCAGAAGCUUACGAAGUGUUGUCUGACAGUAAGAAGAGAAAGAGCUACGAUAGAUAUGGAACAACAAAACCGAUGGGUCAUUCAAGAUCUGGACAUGAAGAAUUUUUCGAUUUGGGAGGUGCUUUCCACUUUAGUUUUAGAGAUCCGGAAGAAGUAUUCAGAGAAUUUUUUGGAAACAGCAUAUUUGAUUUUUUGAGCGAAGACUUUUCGAUGGACCGCAGAGAAGACAGAGAUAGAUGCAGUAGGAGUGGUGGCCGGAGAGGUCACCGCGGUCAUGAAGUUUCCAUUUUCGGGCCCUUAGGGGGUGGCGGUGGAGGACUCUUCGAAGGCUUCUUCUCAACACCAAGCGCCACCUUACAAAGCUCCUUCGGUGUACACGGAAGUGUCCCCACGAGUUCAUACAUUAGAAAAGUAUCAACGUCAACAAAAAUCCUAAACGGUAAGAAAAUGACAACAAAGAGAAUUUACGAAAAUGGAAAAGAAGUUGUCAUGAAUUACGAAAACGACGUUUUGACAUCGAAAACAGUCAACGGAGUCCCUCAGUCAAUUCAGUAUAGAGAUCAUUGAAGAAAAUACAAUAUUUUUGUUUUAUUGUCCCAAUGUCUGUUUUUAGUCUUACAUAAAUAAACUGACUUAUGAAGCAUAA